UCUCCCCAACCCGUUCUCUCUCCCUCUCUCCGUCUCUCUUUAUCUCUCCAUACAGCACAUGGUGCAGGCUGGCGUGGCGCCAUUUCCGGGCGCUCCGGCCGGCUAUGCCGCCGCUCCAGGGCAGGCAGCAGCGGCCGCGGCUGCAGCAGCCGCUGCCCAGCAGGCCGGAGCUGCUGCGGCCGCUGCCCAACAGGCGGGCGCUGCCGCCAUAGCCGCCGAUAGUCUGUCCCUCGCUGUGGCGGCUGCGGCAGCCAAACAGCAGGCCGAGCCAGUGACCCAGUUAAAGGCGGCCGGCGAGGCAGGAGGAGCUGGAGCUGCCACCGGGAACACAGUAGCAGCAGCAGCAGCAGCAGCAGCUGCAGCGGCAGCGCCAGGAGCUGUCGGAGGAGUUGCAACAGAAUAUGCCACGGCCAAUGGCGGUGCAUCGGCUUCAGUGGUGGCCACGAGUGUGUCCGAAUGCGCACCGUUGUACAUGCAACAGACAAAGACAAAUCUGUCAACACAAACACAGACACUGUACAAUGGAACAGCCAGCAGUGUCGCAUCCUCAACAGUCACAGUCCCUGGUCCGGGUCCGGGUCCGGGACCGGGACAGGCUCCUGGCCAAAUCCCAGUUUCAGUGGUCACGCAGCCAUCCCUGACAAAUGGACAUGCCAUGGACCAACUGCAGCAGCAGCAGCACCAACAACAACACCAUCACCAUCAGCAAUCAUCGCAGCCCCCACAAAAUGUGCUCAGCAUAUCCACAGUAUUGAUUGCCAAUGAGGCUGCAGAUUCGCAACAGAGCUCAGCCCUCUCGAAUGCCGGCGGCACAGCAGGCGGUGGCACAGGCGGCGGCGGUGGCGGUGGACCGCCCGGCUCUCCGCUCUGCAGCUCCCCGUCCAGCGUCACAGCAUCGCAGCAGGCCACAGUCGCCGCAGUAGCAGCCGCCACAUUUAAUGGAAGUGCCACAGAUAGCAGCAUGUCGGGCAACACAUCACCGAUAGCCAGCGGCGAGCCGCUGCUCCAGACGCCGCCCCAGCAGCAACAACAGCAGCAGCAGCAAAUGCCGCUCCUUUGCAGCAGUCCCACAUCGAUGGCAGCGGCCACUUCCGUCACGGCCAGCUCGAUAGCCGCCGGAGCCCUGGCCGCCACCAGCAGCAGCGGUGUGGGUGUGGGUCUCCUGCCCACCGCCGGUCUGGACAGCUUGGCCAGCAUGGCCAAUGGGGGGGCGUUGGUGGUGCCGGCGAGUACCUCGCAAGUGAUUGCCCACCUGAAUGCGGCAGCAGUCAGCGGCAUCAUGACCGCCUCCGUGCAGUCGCCGAAUGUGGUCACAAGCCUGACCAGUGCUCUAGUCCCCGCGCAGGCGCUGCCGACGGUGGCCCAGGCCGUUGCCGCCUCCAUGGAUGCCAAAAGUCAGCCCAAGCGGCUGCAUGUCUCCAACAUACCGUUCCGUUUCCGGGAUCCCGAUCUGCGUGCCAUGUUUGGGCAAUUUGGAACCAUUCUGGAUGUGGAAAUCAUAUUCAAUGAGCGCGGCAGCAAGGGAUUCGGUUUUGUAACAUUCGCUAACAGCAACGAAGCAGAACGAGCACGCGAACGUCUACACGGCACCGUGGUUGAGGGACGCAAAAUCGAGGUGAAUAACGCCACUGCACGUGUACAAACCAAAAAAGUGACAGCAGUACCCAACGUCGUACUGACCAAAGAUGGUGCCAUACCGGCCCCAGCUCUAGUCUGCGUACAAUGGCCAGAAGCCGCCGUAGCAGCUGCCAUGCGUGGAGUGGCCAUUCAACGUGGACAUGUGGGCGUGGUCGGUGCCACACCCUACCAUCAUCCCCAUCAUACGCACCACCAUCAAGCGCUGCUGGCGGCCUCGGCCGCCGCCGCCCAACAGCACCAGCAGCAACGCCAGGUGGCCGCCGCCGCCGUGGCCGCAGCAGCCGCCCAACAGCAGCAGCAGGUCCACCAGCACCAGCAACAGCAGCAGCAACAACAGCAGCAGGUGCACCACCAGCAGCAGCAGCAGGCGGCGCACCAGCACCAGCAGCAACAGCAGCAGCAGCAACAACAACAGCAGCAGCAACAGCAUGCCGCCGCCGUAGCCGCCUCGCAUCCGCAUGCCCAUGCCCAUGCCCACGCCCACGCGCUCGCCGGACUGCAGCCGACACUCCAGGCGGUGGCCGUGCCCACGGCCGCUGGAGCCAAUGCCGCUGCCGUCGCCCAACAGCACUCGGCCCUGCAACAGUCGCUGGCCGCUGCUGCGGCUGCCCAGAACCAGGGAGGAGUCGCCACCAAUGCGAGUGCUGCUGCCGCGGCCGCCUAUGCCGCCCGCCUCUCGGCGGCCACUGCUCAACAGACGCCGGCCGCUGCUGCUGCGGCUGCUGCUUCCAUGGCAGCGUCGGCCAAUGCGGCCAACAAUGCUGCCGCUUUGCAUGGAUUUGCGCCUGUAUACUAUGAUCCCUUCCUAGCAGCCGCUGCAUCCGCUGAUCCGAAUCUACGCUUCCAGGCAGCCAAACCGGUCACUGAAGUUCCAGCCGCUCAGCCAGCCGCCAUAUUAAAUCGCCGCACUGUGACUACGCUAAACAGUAACCCACAUACGAUCAACCGCAUUCCGGUACCACAGAAUGUUUUGGCCGCUGCUCCGCUGUUAAAGACACCCCUGUCUCAGGCCCAGCAGCAGGCGUAUGCCACGGCUGCCACCACCUACACGGCGGUUGCUGCCCGAGCGGCCUAUGGGGCCGCUGCCGCAGCAGCCGCCCAACCGGCCCUUGCCGGAUAUGCCACCGUAGCGGGCUAUGCGCGCGAGUAUGCAGAUCCUUAUCUAGGACAUGGCAUUGGACCCGUGCCCGGCUAUGGGGCAACCAUGUACCGCGGCGGCUUCAAUCGAUUCACGCCAUAUUAGGAACCAUUAAGAACGCCAGUCAGCCAAAUAAUGCACUUGAACUACUCUCGAUGAAAA